GUUUUUUAACUUUUAACUAAAGAAGGUAAGAACAUACUAUUAAAUAAGAGUUUUAAGAACUGAUUCUUAAUCUUUUUAAUUAAAAAUUAAGAGACGGAUUUUUAUAUUCCGUUAAAAACCCCACCUUAAAAACUCUAAAAAUCAUGCUCCAAGAGAACCACGACGAGCCUGCACGGACCGAUCGCGAGUCUCUCGACCGUGAAUAAGCCACGACUUCAGUCUUCUCCUAUACAAAUGUGGCGCUUCAUAAACCACACACGUGUCAUCAUCUCUUUCUCCCUCUCGAACGUGCGAGCUCUUUAAUCCUCUUUGUAAUUAAUUUUCCAUCUUCCGCUAUAAAUAACCAAAUCAGUCUCUUCUCCUUACGUUGUCUAGGCACUCAGUUACUUCUCUUUCUUGUCCUCUCACUGGCGUACACUCAUACAUGCCCUCUCUCUCCCCAUUGCUCGACUUUGGUGGUCAGUGAGAGAAUCAUAGAUCCAUAAAAUAUAACAACAGAAGAAGAAAAUGGGAAGAGCCCCGUGUUGCGAGAAGGUCGGAAUAAAGAGAGGGCGAUGGACGGCGGAGGAAGACCAUAUUCUCUCCAGCUAUAUUCAAUCCAACGGUGAAGGCUCUUGGAAAUCUCUCCCCAAAAAUGCUGGAUUAAAAAGGUGUGGAAAGAGCUGUAGAUUGAGAUGGAUAAAUUAUCUUAGAUCUGACCUCAAGCGUGGAAACAUAACCCGAGAAGAAGAAGAACUCGUUGUUAAUUUGCAUUCCACUUUGGGAAAUAGGUGGUCACUAAUUGCUGGUCAUCUACCAGGGCGAACAGACAACGAAAAAAAAAAUUAUUGGAACUCUCAUCUCCGCCGUAAACUCCACAACUUCAUCAUCAGAAAGCCGUCGAUCUCUCACGAUGCCUCCGCCGUAAUCAUGAACGUUCCACCGGCGUCACCGCGUCCACCAUCAAAACGUAGACCAGGGAGAACCAGCAGAUCCGCCAUGAAACCCAAAACUCGAAAGACGAAGAGAACGUCUGCACCGCCGGAGCCAGAAGCCGACGUAGCGGUUAAAGAGGUGGCGGGAGAAGAAGCAAUAAUGAUGGAGUUAAGUGGAGCAGAGGCUGAGCUAGGACCAUGUGACUACUAUGGAGCCUAUCAUGAAGGAGGAGAUUGUUGCAAUAAUAAUAAUAAUAAUCUCAUGAGCACUAACGGCGACAAUUUAGUUUUGUCGUUCGAUGAUAACAUCAUGGAUCUUUUGUUGGACGAGGCAGAUGCAUGCAACGUGCUCACUUCAUGUGGUGGUGAUGCAGAGUUGAGUCAUUUAGGGGACUCUGAAGUAGCCAGAGGGCUCUCGGAGACUUCGAUUAACCAAGGGAAUCCCGACUGUCUUCAGCCUUGUCCAUCGGUGCAGUCGUUAAUCAACUACGAGCAUCCAGCUACCGAUCCGUCGAUGGACGAGUGUAUAGAUUGGCAUGAAGGUAAUAGGAAUAGCCUUUGCGGUGAGAAAGAGGGUUCUGAUUCAAUGGUGUCGUGGCUUUUGGACGGUGAUGAUGAUGCCACAGUUGGGAAAACUAACUGCGAAAAUUUUGGAGAACCGUUGGAUCAUGACGAGGAAAAUGCAUUGGUCGCUUGGCUUCUGUCUUGAAGAUACUCUAUAAAUCUGUUUUUUUUUUUGAUCAAACAAGAUUUUAUAGAUAACUAAUCUCCAUCA